AUGUUGUUAUUUUUAAUCGAAAAAAGAGUUAUUACAACUGCAAACAUCAACCAUUUAAUUAAAAUUGGAGUCGAAAACAAUUUACCAUCAAUCAUCGAUUUAGUUUUAAUGAUUGGUCCCUUCAAAAACAAUGGCUUUAAAAAUCUAUACAACUUGUCAAAUAUAUCUUUAUCAAGCUAUUUAAAUGAAGCCCAUUAUUUAAUUUUUUAUUACACUAUCAAAAGAGGCGAAUUAUUAAAAAAUCAUUAUGCAAACAAGGAAAAGCUAUUAAGAGACUCUAUGUUAAUAAUUAAAUACUUGGUUGAAAUCAAUUACCAGUACCAUAAUCAGCAUUCAGAUAAUUUUAGCUUUAUUCCUGAUACCAAAGAACAACUAAUUAUUAAAUAUUCAAAUUUAGAACCAAUUCUAAAAACCUAUAUAAAAAAUGUAGGAUUAUUAAACUCAAGCUCUGUUUUUUUCAUAAAUAAAAACAUGUCAAAUAACAAUAUCAUUCAAUUGGUGGAUACCAACAAUAUAGAUCCGCUUAACCAUAGUAAUAAUAUUUUCAAAUUAAACUUUGAUAGUUUAUAA